AUGGCGCCUGUCGGGUUGCUGUUCAGAAGGCGGCGAAAGACAACCACGCUUAUACACCACGGCCAAGUAAAAACCAAACCACGUGACCUACAGGCACGUGUUUUGUCUCCUACAAGACGUCACAAUCCACAGCCGUUAGGUCUUGCUUAUCAGAGCCCUCUUCAAUCGAAUGCUCAGGUAUGGAGCACAUUUUAAAACCCUACUCCACGCUCUUUGUUAGUUUCUUUUAUCAUUUCUCCUGAUUUAUUGUAGGCGCUAAGUUUACAAAAAGAGGCUUACCUUUUGCUGUUGCGAUAAACUUACAUGUGUUUUUUGUCAGAUUCAAAAUCACAAGAAAAACGAAAAUGAUCUAAGGAAGACUUGUAAAAGUGAAGGAAAAAUAGGUUCGUAAGGCGUACAUGACUACUAUGACAACAACAAAGAAAACGGAAAUCGACAAUCAGCGAUAAACGAAUUAAAUGUUCGAUGGGUCAGUAUUUUAUCCCAGAAUAGUCUCAUUAACUUCCAAAAUUCAUUUCAAGAGCCAAAAGAAGAGUAAUGAAAAUGAUCUAAGGAAGUCAUUGAAUUUGAGUGAUUCCCGUGAGGUUGAUAUGAUCUCCAGUGAAGAGUGUAAGCUGCAAAACGUUCAGUCAAUCUGUUAAGGUGUCCUGUUUUUGUAUGUUUUAUAAAAAACUUCAGUUGCUUCCUUGCAUGCUCAAAAUAAGCUUUUUAAAUGCGUCGUAAUAAAAUGACCACAGUUUCAAUGAUAGUGUGGAAAACUUAUAUACACCAGUACGAAGAUAUAUAUAGCAAAAGAGAUCGAUAUCGACAACAAGGUGGCAGAGAUACACGAAAAAUGCAGUACAAUCGAGGCUUGGCAGCGAAUUUUCACCAAACAAGGAAAUCAUACUCAGCAGUGAUUUUUAGUGACUAUGAAAGCGAUCUUCGCGGUAAUGAACACUACUUGAGCAGUAGUGUUCAUUACUGUACGGGAUUUGAACCCAUGACCUCUGUGAUACCGAUGCAGUGCUCUACCAACUAAGCUAACAAGCCAACUGGGAGCUGGUGCUUUUGUUGGUUCCAAAUAAAGCCGUGAGGGGACAAAUAAGCGACUCUGAAUAAAUGAAAAUUAUGUAUGUUAAUUGCGGACACAACAACAACCUCUUUUAUAUUAGUCGCAUUUGUGAAAAUUUCAAGCCGCCUAAUCCAAAAUGAAGAUAAUUGUUGUUUUUUUUAAACUGACUUGCUGACGUGUGAUUUUACCUGUUCAGCCCUAUGCAAUCUGGAAUCCAGACUUUCGCCACACACGCUCGAGAUACCCAACUCUUUUGGGACACUUGGGUGAGUUUGAAAGAAGUUAAGUUCUUGCAAAGAUUUUAAGGAAUUUAUUAAAAUUGCUUCUUUUUUGGCAGCACAAACCCAUGUUAGCUACUCAUGUGGAAUAGUUAUGAUUUCUUGUAUGUACUUUUUUUAAAACAUUUACCUUGUGUCAAUUCUUGGUAUUUUGAGCCCUUAUAUGUUUUAUUUUGCAAAAAUCCUAUCUCGCAUAGCCAUCACCAGAGUGACGCAUUUGUUUUUAAUGGAUUACAUUAAAGUUCUAACAAGGGAUCGAUCCCUACCCUUAAAAGACGCUCUAAUACAAGAGUUACUUUAUUGAAUUUACAUCCCACCAGCCACCACUACCAUGUGUUCAGGAAAAAGGUUACGAAUUGAUCUUCACAGGUUGACUUCAAUAACGCAUUUCUUCCCUACAGAUCAAAACAUGAUUUUUUUUUACAUUUACUGUAUAUAUAAUACUUCCGUAACAUUGUGAUAACAAUAUAAAUAAAAUAAAUUUCAAAUUAACGAGGAAACUUUUCAGAGACAUGUUUCAGCAUCUUUAAUGCCAUCAUAAGUUUAAUGUGUUGAACGGUUAUUUUUGUUUGUACACAUUACAUGUAUAUACGUUAUAAGCUUGAAUCGAUUUCUAUAUUUGAAAGUAAUACCGUUCUAAUGGUUGAAGUAAUUGUGCUCGACAGUGUAACACUUGCAAAGAAAUUUAUGUGAUCAAAAUAACUGACAAAUAUAAGAGACAAGAAACGCCUUAUUAUAAUAACGGUCAAAUAGUCUCCCUUAGUUUCGUGGUGUUACAACACUGUUGAAUUCCUAUUAGGGACCUUAUUUCAUUUAUUUAAGGGUGGCCUUGUCUGAUAUUGGCUGUAUUCUUAUUUGUUUACAUUAAGUUAUCACUGAAUCAUCAUAAUCCUUUAACAGAUUUGAUCAACUUCUCCUGUGGGCCUGCGUCACACGUCUCGCCUCACGAUGUCAACCGAGGUAUCUGUUUUUCCUGGUAAAUAUUUGUCAUAACCACAAGGAAUCGCUGAUCUAUGCUAGAUAUUUUGAUUUGUUUUUUCAACGAGCUGACUCUCAUAAUUAUUGUAAAAAUAUUUAACAAUUCAUGGAUAAAAGUGAAACCAAGCACGUGCAGGCUUGCAAAAGGGUCAAGAAGCGUGGAAUUGUUUGAACAUAGCACCAGUUGUAAUUCAUAUUUUGAUACGUCUGAUGUAAAACUAAAACAUCAAGAACGAUGCUAAGGUUCAUUUAGCCUGUUUCAUCAAAUGCAUUUGAAAAGAAGUUAGGCUUAGCUGCCGUACUAAGGGUAUCCUAAGCUGUGAAUCACUUUAGUCCUUUCUAUAAUAUAUCCGACAAACAUGCUGGGUUAAAAUUGUCAGUUGUAGUCGUACUUAAAAGUCUUCGAAGAAUAGGCUGAUAAAGAAACGUGGAUGGGGAAAUCUUCCUAUCGACUGCAACUUGAAUAGAUCUUCUUCCUCGUCAACUUUGCAAUAGCCUUACUGUAACGUAAAACCUUCCGUAUUCCCUGUGCCUGCUAAAUCCCGUGAAAUUAAUAUUGAAGAGGCGAGUUAGUAAUAAUAACAAUGAUGGGACGCGAUAGUCUCGAUACACCAUCCGUGUAAGCGGCAUUAUGCUCAUAGCAAUCUCUUAAAAAAGAGAAACUACUCCUUUUAUUCAUUAAAUCCCGCAAUAUAUUUUCUUACUACAGGAGGCCCGCCAACCAUACAUUAUAGCCUCCAAUCCACUUCACGGUUUAGUUACCAGGACCCGUCCCAGUAUGUACUGGGAGAGGAAAAGAAGAAGCCGCCCCAUCAUCCCUGUCGACCCGAACCAGACGGACCGGCUGUUGGCAUAAGUGAGUACCUAUACUUUUUUCACACUUUUUAAGCCAACUAUAACGGUUUCCUUCCCACAGCGGCAAACAUUUUUUGGCCUUAGUCAUCAAGCCGUAGAAUCUCUUCUGGGGUACAUUCUAUGCAGUGGGGUGUAACGGACACUUCCUUUAACUGGAAGAGCCGAAAACAAUAGCGCCCGGUCCCAAACCACUUGAUGGACUAGACAAAAUUGAAACUUAGUUUUAAAACAAAUUGUAUAUGAAAAUCAAAGUCGUUCUCGUGUACCUUUACGCUGAAAAGGGAAAAAUAAUCUGAGGGUGAAACUUAGCGUAUGACCAAUUUAUUUCUCGUAAUUUAGUGUUAAAAACUGAGUUUAAAACGUAAAUUUGCCACCGUAAAGAGUUUAAAGGCCGACUUUCGAGCGUUAGCCCUUCGUCAGAGCUAUUGACGAAGGGCUAACGCUCGAAACGUCAGCCUUUAAACUCUUUACGGUGGCUAAUUUACGUUUUAAACUCAGUUGUUAACACUAAAUUACCUGUUAUACUCUCCCACUGACGAAACACCAUAGUUUAUUUAGAAACUUACCCCCUUUUAUCAAUUUAUUUAUCGUUACAUUCAAACUGCCUCCUUUAGUUAAGUUAAUUUAUGUUGUGAUUUUCAGUUCCUCCAGGUCUUCCUCGUCUAUCAGAGAUAAACGUGGUGAACGUGCGUCAGGGAGAUGACAGUGACAAGGUAGCUCAGCAUUAUCAAUCAUUAAUACUCAAGAUUGUCGCCAUGUUUCUCCCAGCUCGUUCAAGCUUCGAACGAGAUAAAGAAAGAACUCCCUCCCCAACCUUUUUCCGAAAAGCACGUCAACGGCACAUGAACUUUAGUGAAGGAUACGCCAAGCAAUUCUACAGACUAGCCUUGGUAAUAAAGACUUAACGUAGCGCGCGCGGAAAAAAGUCCUUACAGUCACUCCUACUUCAACCCCUCUACGGCGGCCACUUGCCACAACAGCAGUGUUUUUGUUUUGUGUUUUUUUAAAACAUCAAUUUUGUGAAUAUACUUUCAGUUGUGUUGAGUUUUUAUAUCUUUCCCCUGUCACUUUUUCGUGAAAAACACUGUUCUUUCUCUCGCAAAAAUUGGCACCGUAUGAUGCCUUUGAGCCCCUUCAAGACUACCUCUCUACAACUUCCGCAUUCCCUUGUUCCCUUUGUAGUCAGACCCGACCUCCUGUUGACCCGCAGAUCUAAAAACGGGUGGGCUCUUUGAUCUUUGCCAUUAAGUUAUCUUGCAAUUUCUUUUUAUUAACGAACCGCUCUGAUCGGCCAGGUCUGGCUAAUGGUUAGAGAUUACAAGACACCAAAUUGUGCUAACAUGUCACCAUCUUCUUUUCUUUCAGAAAUAUGAUAAAAGCAGUUGGAGCAAUGCAGCACUUAGAGAAGUCUGGAGAAGCACAGGGCACCCAAACGCGUUUUGUUGCACUCCAUAA